AAAAAAAAAAAAAAUCAUCGUCUUCCUCCUGAUUCCGUUCGCAGUUUCGAUUUGAAUGGCAGAAGCAGCAACAAAGAGGAGAGCAGCCGAUAACAAGAAAGCACCAGCGAAGCCAAAAUGGCCUGUUCUUCAACCCAAAUUGAAUCUCCACAUUACACGCCUUAAAGACCACGAUCUCUUCACCGUGAAGAAUUUCUUCUCGCCUGCAGAAUCAAAGGCAUUUAUUAAAGCCGCAGAGUUGGCUGGUUUUGAACACCAAGGAAGUCUUGGUCCAGCAAAAGGCGAAGCUUAUCGAGACAAUGAUAGAAUAUCUGUUAAUGAUGCAGCUCUUGCGGAUAUGAUAUGGCAGUCUGGACUGAGCAAAUUUUUCUCUGAUAUUAAAAUUAGGGGGAGAGUUGCGGUUGGCUUAAACCCAAAUAUUAGGUUUUACAGAUACAAGGUUGGUCAGCGCUUUGGACGGCAUAUCGACGAAAGUGUUGAUCUCGGAGAGGGAAAGCGCACCGUUUAUACUUUGUUAAUAUAUUUAAGUGGCUCGCCCAAAACCAAAAGCAAAAUUGAUUCAAGCAGCCCAAAGGAUCCUGCUUUGGAGCCUCUAGUUGGAGGGGAGACUGUUUUCUAUGGAUCAAGGAAUAGUGUUGUAGCAGAGGUAGCUCCUGCUGAGGGAAAGGCUCUCCUACACAUCCAUGGUGACAAAUGUAUGCUGCAUGAAGCUCGAAACGUCUCCAAGGGUAUCAAGUAUGUUUUCCGAUCUGAUGUGGUUUUUGCUUGAGGAGAAGCUAUAGUUUUUUGAAUAGAGAAGGUUUGGUUGAAUGCCAGGCAUUUCUGCAAACUCACAACUCAACGAGGAAAGCGGACACGCAUUAGCAACAUACUGUAAGUCUGUAACCAGGUAUUAUAGGUAUGCCAUAUUUUUAUCUGCCAAGAAUUUGAACCUCAACUUCGGUUUA